UCACCAGACUGUGCCACCGUUUGGGGUGUAGGGGGUACGCUUCUGCGGGCUGGGCGCGGAGCCUGGCGACUCCUAGGCCGCGGCUCGGGCAGAGCGCACCGGAGGACUAUUUGGGUUCCUCACGCCUCGGUCGCGCGACUGCCAGGCUCGGAGCUGUCGCGACCCGAGUGGGUGAAAAGAGGGGCAGCGCGCCGCCUCCCCCAGGUGGAAGGGGUGGUUGAGCCCGGCUGCGGUAGAGCGUUCGCUCGGAGAUGGCGGAGCCGCCGCGACGCGGCCGGAGGCCCGGAGAGCAGGGAAGCUGGGCAGCCCCGGGACGCGGCGGAGCCCGGGGACCGCGGGGACGCCGCCCACUCCGCCGGAUAGUGGGGCCAAGAUUGUGAACUUUACUGACAUUCUGAUGUGAGGAGCUCCGCCAGAGCCAAAAGUGGAGCCUGGCUAGAUUUGCAGCCUGAAGCCAUGGGCCAGGGGGCCAUGGUGACUUGAGACCUGUAGACUCUGUCCAGUUACCCCCUGCUGUUCCUUCUACCUCCCCUACCCUUUACUAAGUGAACUUGUCUCACCUUUUCAGGGAGCUGACCCUGAGGGAAUCCCUUUCCCUUAUUUUCCUAUCCUUUCAUCCUCUCAAGACAGUUCCAGACUAUAGAACUCCUACCUCCCAUCCCCUGUGGUGGUUCCCAUCUCUCCCUCAUUUCCCCCGCCAUGCUUCAGCUGUGGAAGGUGGUACGCCCAGCUCGGCAGCUGGAACUGCACCGCCUCAUACUGCUGCUGAUUGCUUUCAGCCUGGGCUCCAUGGGCUUCCUGGCUUACUAUGUAUCCACCAGCCCCAAGGCUAAGGAACCCCUGCCCUUGCCCUUGGGAGACUGCAGCAGUAGUGGGGCAGCUGCCCCUGGCCUUGCACGGCCUCCACUCCCUCCUCGAAUGCCCAGGCCUCCAGAAACAGCUCGAACCGAACCAGUGGUCCUUGUAUUUGUGGAAAGUGCAUACUCACAACUGGGUCAGGAGAUUGUGGCCAUCUUGGAGUCUAGUCGUUUUCGUUAUAGCACUGAGUUGGCACCUGGUCGAGGGGAUAUGCCCACAUUGACUGAUCAUACCCAUGGCCGCUAUGUCUUGGUAAUUUAUGAGAACCUGCUCAAAUAUGUUAACCUGGAUGCCUGGAGUCGGGAACUACUAGAUCGAUACUGUGUGGAGUAUGGUGUGGGCAUCAUUGGCUUUUUCCGAGCCCAUGAGCACAGCCUACUGAGUGCUCAACUCAAGGGCUUUCCCCUUUUUUUACAUUCAAACUUGGGACUACGCGACUACCAAGUGAAUCCUUCUGCCCCUCUGCUGCAUCUCACUCGCCCUAGCCGCCUGGAACCUGGGCCGCUGCCUGGUGAUGACUGGACCAUCUUCCAAUCCAAUCACAGCACAUAUGAACCAGUGCUUCUUGCCAGCCUUCGGCCAGCUGAACCCCCUGUGCUAGGACCAGUGCCUCGUCGGGCCCGACUUCCCACUGUAGUACAGGACCUGGGGCUUCAUGAUGGCAUCCAGCGGGUGUUCUUUGGCCAUGGCCUUUCAUUUUGGCUCCACAAACUUGUCUUCGUUGAUGCUGUUGCAUACCUCACUGGCAAGCGCCUCUGCCUGGACCUUGACCGCUAUAUCUUAGUAGACAUUGAUGAUAUCUUUGUGGGCAAAGAAGGUACCCGCAUGAAGGUGGCUGAUGUUGAGGCUCUCUUGACCACCCAGAACAAACUCAGGACUUUAGUCCCCAACUUCACCUUCAACCUGGGCUUCUCGGGCAAGUUCUACCAUACUGGGACAGAGGAGGAGGAUGCAGGGGACGACAUGCUGCUGAAGCACCGCAAAGAGUUCUGGUGGUUCCCCCACAUGUGGAGCCACAUGCAGCCACACCUGUUCCACAAUCGCUCCGUGCUGGCUGACCAGAUGAGGCUCAACAAACAGUUUGCUUUGGUGAGACCCUUGAAUCUCUUACUUUCUCCCAGAGGUAAUGCUUCCUUUUUAACCUUCCCCCAAUGGGUCCCUUUCCCUACCCUUUUCAGUUUUCUUUCUAUGGAGGCAUCCCCACCCUCUUUACCCUCUACUCCCCAAACCUCACCAGGUCCUGGUGAGAGUCUAUACCAUUCCCAGGAGCAUGGGAUUCCCACGGAUCUGGGGUAUGCUGUGGCCCCUCACCACUCGGGCGUGUACCCCAUCCACACGCAGCUCUAUGAGGCCUGGAAAUCUGUGUGGGGCAUCCAGGUGACCAGCACUGAGGAGUAUCCCCAUCUCCGUCCUGCCCGCUACCGCCGUGGCUUUAUUCACAAUGGCAUCAUGGUGCUGCCCCGGCAGACAUGUGGUCUCUUCACUCACACAAUCUUCUAUAAUGAAUAUCCUGGAGGAUCUCGUGAACUAGACCGGAGCAUCCGAGGAGGAGAGCUCUUUCUGACAGUGCUACUUAAUCCGAUCAGCAUCUUUAUGACCCAUUUGUCCAAUUACGGAAAUGACCGGUUGGGCCUGUACACCUUUGAGAGCCUGGUACGCUUCCUUCAAUGCUGGACACGGCUGCGCCUACAGACCCUUCCUCCAGUCCCUCUUGCAAGAAAGUACUUUGAACUUUUCCCCCAGGAGAGAAGUCCCCUUUGGCAGAAUCCCUGUGAUGACAAGAGGCACAAAGAUAUCUGGUCCAAGGAAAAAACCUGUGAUCGGCUCCCCAAAUUCCUCAUUGUGGGACCGCAGAAGACAGGGACCACAGCUAUACACUUCUUCCUGAGCCUGCACCCAGCUGUGACUAGCAGCUUCCCUAGCCCAAGCACCUUUGAGGAGAUUCAGUUCUUCAAUGGCCCUAAUUACCACAAGGGUAUUGACUGGUAUAUGGACUUCUUCCCUGUUCCUUCUAAUGCCAGCACUGACUUCCUGUUUGAAAAAAGUGCCACCUACUUUGAUUCAGAGGUUGUACCACGGCGGGGGGCUGCCCUCCUGCCAAGAGCCAAGAUCAUCACUGUGCUCACCAAUCCUGCUGACAGGGCCUACUCCUGGUACCAGCACCAGCGUGCACAUGGAGACCCAGUUGCUCUGAACUAUACCUUCUACCAGGUGAUUUCAGCUUCCUCUCAGGCCCCUCUGGUACUUCGCUCUCUGCAGAACCGCUGUCUUGUCCCUGGCUAUUAUUCCACCCAUCUACAACGCUGGCUGACUUACUAUCCCUCUGGACAGCUGCUGAUUGUGGAUGGGCAAGAGCUGCGAACCAACCCUGCAGCCUCAAUGGAGAGCAUCCAGAAGUUCCUGGGUAUCACGCCCUUUCUGAACUACACACGGACCCUCAGGUUUGAUGAAGAUAAGGGAUUUUGGUGCCAGGGACUUGAAGGUGGUAAAACUCGAUGUCUAGGCAAAAGCAAAGGCCGGAGGUACCCAGAUAUGGACACUGAGUCCCGCCUUUUCCUUACGGAUUUUUUCCGAAACCAUAACUUGGAGCUGUCGAAGCUGCUGAACCGGCUUGGACAGGCAGUACCCUCGUGGCUUCAGGAAGAACUGCAGCGUUCCAGUCUGGGCUGAUAUUCCCAGCCUUCCAUUACCAGCAAAAAGCAGGGCCCACAAGGGGAAUAAGAGUGGCCUGACCCCUCCCCCUUCUACCUCAGUGGCCCCCCAGGCCUGCGAUGGCUGAGAAGGAAGGGUAUCUCUUUCCCAUAGCUCUGGGGCCUGAUAGUGGGGCUUUACUUGGUACCCCAUGUCAUGGUACUAGGUACCUUUGACCCAUGAAAUUGGGAGGUGGGAGAAAUAAGAGGGUCCAGACAAGGUGUAGAGGAAUGUAACAUAUUAAUCCAAUGAUUUUCCUCUGGAGUCCCAGCAGUAUAUCUAUCUAUACCUGGCUAAGAGAGGGACCUUUUAUUGAGGCCCCUUUAGUCAGGCAGUGGAUCUACGUGGGGCCCCGGCCUCCCUAAUGUCAUUCACAUUGAAUGGGGAUGAGGUCGUACAGUGGCUCUUAGAGCUGAGUAUGAGCCCAAGCUGUGGGCCAGAAAUGUCCAUAAUAAACAUCCUUAUUUUUCUG